AGAUUUAUACUUCAUUUUUUCCUAUAUAAAAAAAAAAGGAAACGGAGGAAGAAGAAGAACACAAGAAAAACCUCAUUUGUAUCUCUCUAUCUCAAUCUCAAAUACAAAGGGGUUAGAUAGAGAGAAAACAAAACAAAACACAACAGAGAAUGGGAAGAUUUGGGGUUUUAUUAUGCGCAGAAGAUUCAGAGUUUGUGAAGAAGAGAUAUGGAGGGUAUUUUGGGGUAUUUGUUAGAAUGCUGGGAGAAGAAGGAGAAACAUGGGAUAUGUUCAAAGUUUGUUCCGGUGAGUUUCCAAAAGAUGAAGAACUUGAAUUCUUUGAUGGUUUUGUUAUCACUGGGAGCUGUAGUGAUGCUCAUGGUAAUGAUCUUUGGAUCGUUAAACUUUUGAAUCUUCUGAAGAAAUUAGAUUCUAUGAAGAAACGUGUUCUCGGUAUCUGUUUCGGUCAUCAGGUCUUGAGUCGUGCGUUAGGAGGUAAGACGGGAAGAGCUGAAUCAGGCUGGGAUAUUGGAGUUACAAACAUCAAUCUUUCAACAUCUUCAAGUAUCUGGGAGUCCCUCAAGAUCCCUACUACACUCUCCGUAAUUGAAUUUCACCGUGAUGAGGUAAGGCAAUUGCCUCCAUCUGCUAAAGUGAUGGCAUGGUCAAGCAAAACUGGAGUUGAGAUGUUUAUGUCCGGGGAUCACAUGAUGGGCAUACAAGGCCACCCGGAAUACACCAAAGACAUACUUCUUAACUUAAUUGAUCGCCUCCUGGACCGUAAUCUCAUUCAGGAUUCUCAUGCUGAGACUGCCAAAGCAAGUGUAGAGGCAACAGAACCAAGCAGGGAGGCAUGGAUGAAGCUGUGUAGGAGCUUUCUCAAAGGUCGUCUAGUCUUGUGAUCCCAAAAGAGGGGGGGAAAUGAAUAAAGAAAAAAGGAAUCAAUCCUGAAAGUUGAUUUCAAGUUAUUUAAGAUCAGAGUAUGUAAAUAUUAUUAUUAUUAUCAUCAUUGGGGGAGGUUCAUUUAGAAAAUUGACAGAUUAGUAAUUUAUGGAUAGAAGGGGAAAAAAAGGUCAAUGAACUAGUAGUAGCUCACUUUCAACCAAAACACCAGAACAGCAAUUGAUGAUGACUAAUUACUCUUUUUCUUCUUGUUGUUGUUUGUUCUUCUAUUUGAUAAUUUUGAAACUUGAUUAGUUAGUAAUUAUUUUUAGUUUCUCGAAAUGUGUUCUCUUUGAUGUC